UCUUCUCCAACCCUCCCCAAAAUUGUUAUUUAUCAUAAGUUUUAGAAAAACAUGGAAGCUAUUUCAAGCUCUGCCUUCAUACCCACUUUUCAAGAGACGCGCUCUCUUAUUCAGUCGUCCCCUACCUCCUGUAGAACUAAAUUGUGCUUUCCCAAAACCGCGCUUUCCGGAUUUGGAUCUCGAAUUCUUACCGCUGUUGCUCGCCAAGUUUCAGGCGACGCCCAAGAUGAUGACCAACCACUUCUUGAGAAUGGCUUUACCUUGCUUCCUCCAUCUACUUCUCUGCUUAUGAAUGGAUACUUCAAACGGAUGCUCAAGAUUUGUAGUGAUGGCUUCUCACAUUUUCUGAAGGAUAAGUCGGAUCAAACUCAUAGCGUUGAGAAGGUUAAUAUCAUAUCAGAUAUGGUGACACCUACCACCACAAGUGGGGGAGGCACUAGGGCUGGGCUCUUCAGAACCCCAAUAUCUGGGGGCGUGCAGAGUGCUACCUCUGUUCAUGACUUGCCUAGACCAGCCUUGGCAGUACGCAAUCUGAUGGAACAGGCCAGGUUUGCUCACUUGUGCACUGUAAUGUCUCGGAUGCACCAUCGACGUGAAGGUUACCCAUUUGGUUCACUGGUAGACUUUGCACCAGAUGCAAUGGGGCAUCCAAUAUUUUCUUUUUCUCCAUUAGCUAUACACACGAGGAACUUGUUAGCUGACCCAAGGUGUACAUUGGUGGUGCAGAUACCUGGAUGGAAUGGCUUAUCAAAUGCAAGAGUUACUAUUUUUGGAGAUGUUUUUCCCCUUCCGGAAGAUCAACAGGAAUGGGCUCAUAAGCAGUAUAUAGCAAAACAUCAACAGGGGCCUUCGCAGCAAUGGGGAAACUUUUACUACUUUAGGAUGCARAAUAUAAGUGAUAUAUAUUUUAUUGGAGGUUUUGGGACAGUUGCUUGGGUUAAUGUAAAGGAAUACGAGGCUCUUCGACCUGACAAGAUUGUUGUGGAUGGAGGUGAGCAGAACCUGAAGGAGCUGAAUGCAAUAUUCUCAAAGCCCCUGAAAGAGCUGUUAUCACUGGAAACAGAGGUUGAUGAUGCGGCACUCAUAUCAAUAGACAGCAAGGGAACAGAUGUUAGAGUGCGUCAAGGGGCACAGUUUAACAUACAGAGGUUAGCAUUCGAAGAAGGUCAUGGGGUUGAAACGCUUGAGGAAGCCAAAACAGCACUGUGGAACUUUAUUCACAGAGGUCGUGGCUUGGACAAUUUUUGAGGCCAAUUGCUUUUGUUUACUAAUAGAAGUAAAUAAAAAAUAGGAAAGAAAAAGAAAGUCCAACUCCAUGUAUUCCUAAUUCCUUCUCACUGUGAAAUGUGAAUGAUGAUGAUGAUGAUGAUAUAUUACUGUUAGUUGAG